AUGAGGAGGGCUCUCAGGAUAUUUCUGAAGCUGGUGAUGCUUCAAGGAGUGGUGGUCUUGUUUCUCCUUGGAAUUCCAUUUUCUGCGCUGGCAUACCCUAUAUACAUCCUAGAUAAGCCUCUGUGUAUUCGCCUGUCAACAUUCUUCACGUACACCCUCUGGACCUUGAUAAGCUGGAUGUUCAAUCUCUCGAGUACGGUGAACGGCAGUAUAGCUCUUGGAGAUGAGAGCUAUCUUGUGAUCAGUAACCACGUAGGGUCUGUAGACUUCAUUCUAAUCAAUGAAAUAGCCAGGAGGAACAACAUGAUUGCCCACAUGAAGUAUGCGAUCAAGGAUGGACUGAGGAUUUUUCCUGUGUUUUACCAGAUAGUGGUCUAUGCCGGCUUUCUGGUUCUGAAAAGGAACUUUGAGGAUGAUGAAAAGAAAAUCGUAAAGUACUUCGACUUCUUUAAGAUCUCGAGCAUCCCGAUGUGGUUUAUUCUCUAUCCAGAGGGAUCCAGAUUCACUGAGAAGCUAAAGCUGAGGAGCUGGGAGUAUUCGGACAAGAAGAACAUGGUAAGGCUGAACAAUGUGCUUCUUCCUAGAUACAAAGGAUUCAAGCUCAUAUGCGAACAGCUCAGAAACUCCAGGAUAAAGAAGAUUGUGGAUGUCACAUUUUUCUACUCGGAAGGAGAGGUCCCACCGUUGUGGAAGUUCCUCCUCUGGGAUACGACAGGAUCAUUCAACUGUGACAUCAGGGUUGUUCCAAUUGAUGAAAUAGCCGACUAUAAGGAGUUUCUCUAUAAGAGUUUCGAGAGGAAAGAUGCCCUGAUAUCAAGAUGGAAGGACUCCGCAGAAAAUAAAUAG